UGUAGAAAGACCCAAUCGACACAUGGAGGAAAAAACGCAGACAAAACGGAAGAAUUAACAAAAUAAAUACAUAUUUAAUCAAGUUUGCAAGUGCUGUGCUCGGUGGUUUUGUGGAACAUAUAGUUUGUUUCGUUUUGCCAAACGUGCGCGGGGUUUGCUACCUAUGACGACAGUGAGUUUUUCCUUAGCCAGUGCAAGUGUAUGAGUGUGUGCGUGAGUGAGUUUUUAAGAUUUACUGAUGGCUGAAAAUGUUUAAUUAGCAACGAAAACCGAAGAAAAUGAAUACACUAACUUGAAAUAGCCGACAUACAUGAAGGAAAUUCAGCGAAAAAUAGCCGAACGCAAUAAUUUUCAACUGAAAUCAGAUUAAAGCGAUGUCCGCCAAAACCGAGGCGGACAAUACCACGACCGCCAGCUCCGGCGGUGGCAACAGUAGCAGCAGUGGCGGCGGGGGAUCGGGAAACACAUCCUCCUCGAACGGAACCGCCACACCGGCGCGUCGUCUUCGCACACGCAACUCGACGGGAAAUGGUCCGGCGAGCGGCAGUGAAUCCGGCAAGAAAUCGAAUCCAAACGAUGAACCCUCAACACCAGCUGCUGCUUCGGCCGCCAGUGGGCAUGGCCCCUCGCCGGCUGCCUCAACGGAGCGUCCAAUGCCAAGCGUUCCCAUGAACCAUGCCAGCAGCAGUGUGUCGGCGAGCAGGAAGUACCACAACAGUUGUCCCCAUCCCACGCCCACAGUGCACAAGAAGACGGUGCACACGCAGCCGCACAGCAGCAAUAAGUUUGAUCAGGGCAAGAAUGAGGAGUUUCACUUUGACACGCCGCCCGAGUGCCCCGUGUUUCGGCCAACUAUAGAGGAAUUCAAGAAUCCGCUGGCCUACAUCAGCAAGAUUCGAUCGGUGGCCGAGAAGCAUGGCAUUGCCAAGAUCCAGCCGCCGGCGACAUGGUCGCCAUCGUUUGCCGUGGAUGUGGACAAGCUGCGUUUUGUGCCGCGUGUUCAGCGGCUCAACGAGCUGGAGGCCAAGACCAGGGUGAAGCUCAAUUUCCUGGAUCAAAUCGCCAAGUUUUGGGAGCUGCAAGGCUCCUCCCUCAAGAUCCCGAUGGUGGAGCGCAAGGCCCUCGAUCUGUACACCCUCCAUCGCAUUGUGCACGAGGAGGGCGGCAUGGAGCAGACCACCAAGGACCGCAAGUGGGCGAAGGUGGCCAAUCGUAUGCAGUAUCCAUCCAGCAAGAGUGUUGGCGCUACCCUGAAGAGUCACUACGAGCGCAUUCUCCAUCCCUUCGAGGUGUACACCUCGGGCAAGGUUCUGGGUCCAGCUGCAGCAGCUGCCGCAGCCACGGCCAGCGGCACGCCCACGCCAGUGAAGCUCGAAGAUGUGGGCACCGAGUACAAGGCCCACGAGAUAGCCACACGUCAGCAGAUCGCACCACCCAAUGAGACGAACACACGUCGCUCCAAGCGCUUUGGCAACUCCACUGCCAGCUGCGGCCUGGCAGGCGGCGCAUCCUGUGGCAAGGAUGGGUCUGCGGGUGGUGUGGUCAUCAAAACGGAGACAAAGGAGGACUUUAAACGCGAUCUUCUGAGCAGUUUCAAUGCUGUGCAAGGCGGUGGCAUGCCUGCUGGCGGCAUACCUGCUGGCCGCGGCGGUCCCAACAAGGCUAAGACCAACAACGAACCGACGCCAGCUGCUCCGCCACUAAUUGAUCCACUGAUGAAGUACAUUUGCCACAUCUGCAAUCGCGGCGAUGUCGAAGAAUCGAUGCUGCUGUGCGAUGGCUGCGACGACAGUUACCACACGUUCUGCCUGCUGCCGCCCUUGACCAGCAUACCCAAAGGUGAAUGGCUUUGUCCGCGCUGCGUCGUUGAGGAGGUGAGCAAGCCCCAGGAGGCGUUUGGCUUUGAGCAGGCCGAAAGGGAGUACACCCUGCAGCAGUUUGGCCAGAUGGCGGAUCAAUUUAAACAGGAAUAUUUCCGCAAGCCGGUGCAUUUGGUGCCUACCGAGUCGGUGGAGCGUGAGUUCUGGCGCAUUGUCUCAUCGAUCGAUGAGGAUGUGACCGUCGAGUAUGGCGCCGAUUUGCAUACAAUGGAUCAUGGUUCGGGCUUCCCCACCAAGAGCUCGCUGUAUCUGCUGCCGGGCGAUCAGGAGUAUGCCGAGUCCAGCUGGAAUCUGAACAAUCUGCCGCUGCUCGAGGACUCCAUUUUGGGGCACAUCAAUGCGGAUAUUAGCGGCAUGAAUGCCCCCUGGAUGUAUGUGGGCAUGUGCUUUGCCGCCUUCUGCUGGCACAACGAGGACCACUGGAGCUAUUCCAUCAACUAUUUGCACUGGGGCGAACCGAAGACCUGGUACGGCGUGCCCGGCUCGUGUGCCGAACAAUUUGAGGAGACCAUGAAGCGCGCCGCACCCGAGCUGUUCUCCUCGCAGCCCGAUCUGCUGCAUCAGCUGGUGACAAUUAUGAACCCCAAUAUAUUGAUGAACAAUCGGGUGCCUGUGUUUCGCACCGAUCAGCAUGCCGGCGAGUUUGUCAUCACCUUUCCGCGCGCCUAUCAUGCGGGCUUCAAUCAGGGCUAUAACUUUGCCGAGGCCGUCAACUUUGCGCCCGCCGAUUGGCUGAAGAUGGGCCGUGAGUGCGUCAAUCAUUAUUCCAUGCUGCGUCGCUUUUGUGUCUUCUCCCACGACGAGCUGGUGUGCAAAAUGGCCUUGGAGCCGGCCAAACUGACGUUCGGCAUAGCCACCGCCUGUUACAUCGACAUGGCCGAAAUGGUGGACACUGAAAAGAAGCUGCGCAAGUCCCUGCUGGAGUGGGGUGUUACCCGAGCGGAGCGCCGCGCCUUUGAGUUGGUAAACGAUGAUGAGCGGCACUGUCAGGAGUGCAACACCACGUGUUUCCUUUCGGCAGUGGCCUGCGAGUGCAACGACAAGCUGAUUGUCUGUCUGCGGCAUUAUACCGUCCUCUGUGGCUGUGCCCCAGAGAAGCAUACGCUCAUCUAUCGCUACACGCUCGAUGAGAUGCCCCUGAUGUUGCAGAAACUGAAGGUCAAGGCGCACAGCUUUGAGCGUUGGCUCUCACGCUGCCGGGACAUUGUGGAUGCCCAAACACCCACCUCGGUGACACUCACCGAGCUGCAGGAGCUGUGCAAAGAGGCGGAGACCAAGAAGUUUCCCUCAUCGUUGCUGAUUGAUCGCCUCAAUGCAGCGGCCAUCGAAGCGGAGAAGUGCGUCACAGUCAUCCAGCAAUUGGGCAUCAAUAAGGUACGCACUCGUUCGGAUCACAAUCAGGAGGCGGCCCAAUACAAGCUGACAAUGGAGGAGCUCGAGCUGUUUGUCCAGGAAAUUGAUAAUCUUUGCUGCAUCAUCGAUGAGGGCACCUCGGUGCGGGAGCUGCUCGUUUUGGGCAAACAAUUUGUGGACCGUGCGGAGGCGCAGCUGCAGCUAACGUUGGAGGCUCUCGAGGAGAACGAACUGGAGACGCUGAUCAGUGAGGGCAGCUCGCUGCGGAUUGAACUGCAGCAGCUGGAUCAACUACAGAAGCGUCUGAAGCAGUGCAAGUGGUACAAACGCUCGCAGGGCUUGAGGGAGACCAGCUCGAAGCUGACGUAUCAGGAUGUCAAGAACCUGCUGCAUAUGGCAGCGGCAGACUUGGAUCCCACAGACCCAUACGUGGACAAGGAGAUGCGCAAGCUGCAGCAAAUAGGCGCCGACAUAGAGUCGUGGGAAUCGCAGGCGGCCAAGUAUUUCCGCCGCUUAACGCAACAGCACGAACUGGCGGAGAUUGAGCAGUUCUUAAAGUCGGCGAGCGAGAUAAGCGGACAGGUGCCAUCGCACAGUCUGCUCAAGGAUGCACUGCGCAAGGCGCGGGAGUGGCUGCGAGCCGUGGAGCAGCUGCAGCAGAACAAUCAUGUCACCUACUGUCACACGCUCGAGAAUAUGAUAGAGCGUGGGCUGAAUAUACCCAUCCAGUUGGAGGAGCUCAGCCGCAUGCAGGGGCACUUGUAUAGCGCCAAUCAGUGGAAGGAUAAUACGGCGAACGCCUUCCUGAAGAAGGGCACGUUCUAUACGCUGCUCGAGGUGCUGAUGCCACGGGCGGAUGCCAUCAACAUUGAUUCGGAUCUCAAGCCGCGCUUCCAGGAUGACUUUCUGAAGGAGAAGAAUCCGGCGGAGAUUGUCGACAGUUUUAAGCACGCCGAGGAGCAGGAGCUGCUCGACAUGCGCGACCUCAGGCGCCAGAACAUGACCAAGAACCCACUGCGGGACAUGUUCUGUCUGUGCAAGGCCGAGUUCCGUGGCCUCAUGUACAAUUGUCAGUUGUGCCGCGAUUGGUUCCACGAGGACUGUGUGCCACCACCACCGUCGGCAUCGAGUCAGAAUGGUUUGCUGAAUGGGGGAGGAGCAGGAAUCGGAGGCGGUAUGGUGCCGCCCGCGAAUCGGCCCAAGUGGCUGUGCCCCAGCUGUGUGCGCUCGAAGCGGCCGCGCCUGGAGACGAUCCUUCCACUGCUCGUCCAGCUGCAGCAGCUGCCCAUCCGUCUGCCCGAGGAUGAGGCAUUGCGUUGUUUGGCGGAGCGUGCCAUGAACUGGCAGGACAGGGCCCGCAAGGCGCUCACCAGCCCGGAUGUGAGUGCGGCCCAGGAGGCGAUUCUCGCCCAGCAGCAGAAGCGCCGCUCCGAGGGCGGUGGCAUCGGUAGUGGCGGUGGUGUUGUGGGCAACAUCAACAGUCCCCGCAAACCCCGGCGUCGUGGCAGCAUGGCCAAGGAGGCCAGCGGCUCCACAGAGUCGGAUGUCGAUGAUGAUGAUGAUGAUGACGAGUGCCGGCUACGGAUCGUCGAGGAUGGCUUCAGUAACGACGAGGAUGAGCUGCCCCGCCCCGCAACGAACACCGAAUCAAAUUCCGAUCUCCUCAAGCUGCUGUCCGAUAGCGAAAUUGAGAAUCUACUAGAUCUAAUGAUGGAGGGGGAUCUCCUCGAGGUCUCACUUGACGAGACGCUCGAGCUGUGGCGCAUCCUGGAGACAAUGCCGCCGACAAUGCUCCAAGCGGAGGCCAACAACCGUGUGGCCCAGCAUUUGCAGCGUCAGCGACAGCAGCCGACAUCUCUGCCGCCCGCAUCCUCCAGCAUUCACUCCGGCGCCGAGGACUCCAACGACAGCCUCCUCGUACAGAACAGUCCGAAUAGCAACAGCAACAACAGCAGCAGCACGCCGGCCACGAAUACACCCAACAAUGGGCGCAACAAGAAGCGGCGCUCGAACGAUGCCAGCGGCGGCAAUGCGGCUGUUCCACGCAAGAAACAGAACACACCCAAGCAGACGCCCAGCAAGAAGAAUGCUGGCGGUGGUGGAGCGGCUGCCAAUCGGAAGAGUGAGAGCAAAACGACGGCAGCAGCAGCUGCGGCGGCAGCAGCAGCAGCAACGACACCUGGAGCAGAUGCCGAUGCAGAGAAUAAGCAGGCGAAUGGCGGCAAUACCAACUCAAAUAUGUCCCCGGCUGCAGCAUCGGGGGCGGCGGGAGUGGGUAGCGCCUCGAACACACCCACGCCAACGGCCACGCCUGGUUCGGCGCAUAAGAAACGUAAGCGCACUUCCACCAACAAUAAUAGCAGCAACAGCAACAACAACAACAAUAGCAACAGCAGCAACACCAACACCAACAACAACACCAAUAGUAACAGUAACAACAACAACAGUCCGAGCACUCCUAGUGGAACGCAGGGGGCAGCGACACCGACAGCAGCAGCAGCACCACCAACGGGUGGCGGCGGUCAGAAGAAGCACGCCCAGCGCAAUCAACAGGCAGCCCAGGAGGAUGACGAGGAGGAAUGCAGGGCGGAGAACUGCCAUAAGCCGACGGGACGCGAAGUGGACUGGGUGCAGUGCGAUGGCGGCUGCAACGAGUGGUUUCACAUGUACUGUGUGGGUCUCAAUCGCAGCCAGAUCAAGGCCGAUGACGAUUACAUUUGUAUACGCUGCACGAAGACCGUCACCGUGGCGGUAAGCAGUAGUAGUAGUAGUAGUAAUCAUGGCAUGGCAACGGCAACGACAACGAUGGCGACGCCGGGCAAGCAGCGGGCAGUGCAAUCGGCGCGAUAGACAAUGAGAGAGAGAGAGAGAGAUAUGAUCUAGUAGAGGACGAAAGGAUAGGAGGAUAGAUAUUGGAUUUGCAAGCAACAGCCGUUUUGUGUUUUACGCAUGAUUUAAUAAGAAGGAAGAACUAGUACUACUACUACUACUACUACUACACGACACACACACACAUACACACAUUUACUAAGUUUAGUAAAAGUCACUUGAAAUGAGAGAGUUUUUGUAGUACAUAAUUUACAUAAUUAUUAUUGCUAUUAUUACGCAUCCGAAAACGUAAAACACACCACACAGAAAACCCCCAGAAAAAAGAAAGAAA